GAUGCUGCCCUCUGACCCUGUCUCCUCUAUUGCAGAACGACUCAUAAAGCACGAGAUGCAUCCACACAUUCUGGGUGUGCAGCGCUGGACCAAACAGCAGUCCUUUGAACCGCUGCCUAAACAGAUGCCCCAAACUGGUCAAUAAGCAAUUAGUCGUUACAUUCUCAGAUUCACAGAUACAUAGAUCCUUUAUAGAACUCCUUCCACACAACUAGGCCGGAGAGGCCAAGUCAUGGUGGUCUAUAACAGUGCUUUCAUCUCAGACCUGCAAAGAACAAAACAGCAGCCCAUCACUGACCGACACGAGACAAAAACCUUACAGAGCAGAGAGGGGAACACUGAUUCAAACAGGCACAACACAGAUGAUGGUGGAAACAGCAGCCAGUCACGGCCCAGAUUGUGGGUCUGUGUGCAACAAGUCCGCAGCUCUGGAGGGCCAAGGGCCACCCGUGUUGGUCGACGCCUGGCUGGUCCCCACUUUCUUCAGCCUCAUCAUGCUGGUUGGCCUGGUUGGGAACUCGCUGGUCAUCCAUGUGGUCACCAAGCACCAGCAGAUGAAGACCGUCACCAACAUUUACAUAGUAAACCUGGCUACGACCGACAUCUUGUUUCUGGUCUGCUGCGUGCCCUUCACUGCCACACUGUACCCACUGCCCAGCUGGAUCUUUGGAGAGUUCAUGUGCCGACUGGUGAACUACCUUCAGCAGGUGACUGCUCAGGCAACUUGCAUCACUCUGUCAGCUAUGAGUGUGGACCGCUGCUACGUGACCGUCUAUCCCCUGCAGUCACUGCGACACCGAACCCCACGCCUGGCUCUGGCCGUCUCUCUGUCUAUCUGGAUAGGCUCCUUGCUUCUGUCAAUCCCUGUAGCCGUGUACCAGCGUCUGGAGGCAGGAUACUGGUUUGGUCCUCAGACGUACUGCAGUGAGGUCUUCCCCUCGGCCCGUCUCCAGAGAGCCUUCAUCAUCUACAGUUUCCUGGCAGUCUACCUUCUGCCCCUGCUCACCAUCACCGCUUGUUACGCCUUCAUGCUCAAGCGAAUUGGGCAGGCCAGCGUGAAUCCCAUCGACAGUAGCUACCAACUUCAGGCUCAGGCCGAGCGGGGAGCAGCAGUGCGGGCGCGAGUCUCCCGGAUGGUGGUGGUGAUGGUGGCCCUUUUCCUCAUCUGCUGGGGCCCCAUCCAGGUCUGCAUCCUCCUGCAAACAUUUGGCCUCCGCAGUUACGCUCUAUACAAGCUGAAGAUUUGGGGUCACUGCAUGUCCUACUCCAACUCCUCCGUCAACCCGCUUGUUUACGCCUUCAUGGGCAACAACUUCCGAAAGGCCUUCAAGAACGCCUUCCCUGCCGUAUUUCUGUGGCGUAUGAGGGGGAGAGUGAGUGUGGGACACAUGGACACAGAGAACAGGGGAGAGAUGGUUCGCCAGGCACCCAAAGGAGAAGCAGAGAUGCACUUUCUUUCAUCUGGUUCCUAAAGGCCAUGCUGGGCAUCCAGACACUGUGCACUCAUUGUUUAUUUAGAGUUUGUUCUGGAGAUAGAGCAGUCUGCUCAACCUGGUGUAUGUGUGUAUGGACGAGCACACACACACACACACACACACACACACACACACACACACAAAGAACAUACUGGCACAAUGUGGGCUCAAUUUAGACAGCACAAAGAACACCAGUAACUGACAGGUUUGAACACAUACACACACACACACACACACACAGAGGAGCAAUUGCUGCUGUGUGACCUCUGAUGUUAUCACUGUGAAACAUGGCAAACCAUUCAGGUCUCUCGUGACCUUCACGUGCUUCUAAAAUGCAACAAAUACAACAAGUCAAAAUGUUUGAGCUGCUGGGUUUCUGGAUCUCCAGGUCUCAAGGAAGUGUGCAAAAAUAUAUCGGACAACAAUUGCACUGUUAGUGACUGCAUCCUUUAUGGACAACAGCUUUGUUGGACAUAAUGAUUUAUAGUAUAGUAUAGUAUAGUAUAGUAUAGUGUUACAGUAAGAAUCUGGGUUAAACACUUAUUUAGCAGGUUGUUCUGCACUAUAUAAUUAAUUUUUGGCACCAUUAGUGGAGCUUUAUCUUCGUACUGUAUAGUUACAGUUCAUCCUUUGUGAAUAGCCACUUUGGAAAGGUGCUGACCAGCUACAAAAUGUGUGAGAGUACUCCAGUACUGAAGUACUCAUACUUUAUACUUCUACUCCACUACAAGUAAGAGGGAAAUAUUGUACCUUUUACUCCACUACAAUUAUUCGACAGCUGUAGUAAUUAGUUGCUCUACAAAUAAAGAUUUUAAAUACAAAACACAUAAAGAGCUUAUAAAAUAUGAUGUUUUGAUCUAGAUCAACUACCCAAGCAUUUAUACAAUAAGAGCUGAUUUUAGUUGAUUAACUGAGGAGUUGAUUGACAUUACUCCCUAUAUUCUUAAUUUUUACAAACCAAACAAUUUAUUGAUUAAUCAAUAAAUCAAUCGGCAAAUGAAUCCCUAAUGAAAAUAAUCAUUAGCUGCAGCCUUAAUAAAUAAGACACUUAACAAUUAACCCCAUCUCAACCAACAUUAACAGUAAAAUGUUGCUUACACAUUAAUGCAUGAGUAAUAAUCAAAUUAUUUCUGUAAUAUAUGAACAGUUGCAUGGGCCUUUAUAAGGGGGGAUUUAGUACUUUAAUUUUUAAUACUUAAAGCACAUUUUCCUGAUUUUAUUUGUAUGCUUUUACCACCCACCCCAGCCACAGCCUGCUCACCCUGCUGCCAUCUGGCAUGCGAUACAGAAGUAUCCUCUGUCAUACCACCAGGCUAGAGCAGCAUCUUUCUUCAGGCGGAGAGACUCCUGAACUAAAUAAAUUACAUGAACCUUGCUGCUGGUUUUACA